AAGUCCUAGGUGUAUAGGGAGUCGGGACACACAGUUUCAGUACUGGGAGCGGAGGCACUUGGAGGACUGGAGAGCAGGAAUAGAGUAGAGGGAGUGGCACAAGGCCAGCUAUACCCUGUGUGGAUUUAUACAGGUGUUUACAGGUAUACGGCUGUCAGGCAGGCAAUACAGGGCAGGAGGAGCCCAGGAAUAAGGAUUAUGUGAAGCCAGGAAGGGGCUGUGCAUUUGGAGACCAAGUUAUGAGCCAGAGGCAGAGUGGCAUACGGGAGCUGUCGCAUCUUCUGCCAACCUAAAUAUUCACCAACCCACAGGAUACUGUACUCUCAUGUGCCCCAGGGAAAUACCAGCCUGUUCCGUCACCUUAUAACUGAGGUGCCAUCUUUUGCUCAAGCAGUUACCGUGCCAUGCUGAUGAAAGUAUCAAGUUGUGUCCAGACUGUAGGACAUACUGCUCCAUGCCCAGGAUGAAGGCCAAGCUCUGUGCCGCCCCAGACACUGAAUUGCCUGAUACCCUGUGUAUCUACACUGUGGCAGGUACCCUCCUGGGCCCUAUACCAGUCUAUAGGAUGUGCCAUAGCAUGCCAAGGCUGUAAGACCUGCCAUUCUGUUGAAAGAAGAGCCAUCUCUGUGGCCAGGCUAUAAGACGUGCUACUGUUUGCCAAGGCACCACAAUUAAUUCUUUCUGUAACUGAUCUCUAACAGGGCAUCUCACUCUUACUGUGCCCUACUCCCGGCACCUUAAUUCCAUUUUAUUAAACGCCUCCCUUACUUACCCAAUAUAUACUUUCCUUUCAUUUUCCUUUUAUUACCCACUCUAAAUGCUCACGUACCACUCCCCUGAGGGCUUAGAGUUGUGAGACAGACACCUGCCAAGAACGGAAUCUCUUUCAUUAUUGAUACUUUGCACUGUACUGGGAAAGCUGCCCACAACCAUGAAGCACCUGACUGUCAUCAUAUUCCUGCUGGUUCUUACCCUGGACUAUGGAUUCUGCACCAUCACUUGCACUGGGGACCUGAGUUGCACUUCGUCAACAGAUACAACCUGUGGGCAGCACUCUGGCUAUUGCAAAGAUGCAUGGUGCCUCCCUGGUGAUAAGGAUGAAGCCGAUUCGCCUAUCUUGAUUCCUACAAACUUGAGUUCCAAGACAGAGUUUCACUGCAUAUCUGAAAAUGACUGUUUUCCUUGCACGGUUGUGGAACUAGAGAUAUCACUUACCUAUUUAACAGAGGGAAUGAAAGCACUGGAAGGUGAAGACUGUGAUAGUUAUGAUAAAGGUGAUGAUGAAGAGGGGACGAAGAAAGAAGAAGCUUCAAGUGAAAGCCAGUAUUUAGAGACUCGAUUUCACAGUAACGAUUCAUUCAUCUGUGCCAACUUCUUCAUAUCCCAGAUCGGUCCCCACAGCAGUUGCUGCAUCAUGGUGGAUGUACGAAUGCCCAUAUCUUCUAUACCUUUCAGCCCUCGUACAGGCACAGUGCAAGUGGGAAAACUAGAGUACAGCUGCUUACAUGGACACCUAAGUGAAAACUUUAAUAUAUUGGCAUACACUUUGCCGAGGUACCACGAUAUACUGAAAAUCAACCAUUCUGUGCCAGGGUGCUUAGAUCUGGGAGAUCCAAAUAAAGUGUCGCUCUGCAAAGUGCCACUUUUGGAUAUCAUCGAUGGAGAGACGAAUACCUCUAUAGGGAUCUUUAACGGAUCUAGAAAUGACAUCUUUACGCUGGAUAUAGUUUAUAAAGGGGAAGAUCGUUGGAUGAUGCAACAUAUUUUGAAUGGAGACCAGCGUUUCAUUGUUCUUCACGAAGAUAUUGUUCCCUGCAUGUGUUUUAAAGUAUCAUGGAGCGAUAUCACAGAUGCAGUAAAAUAUAAAAGAUGUCCAUUUGAAAAAGAAUUGCAAUAUGAAGAUAAUACAUGGAAGAAUAGUAACCUCACCGUAAGCCUAGUCAAUUCCAAAUUGUUGUAUACACUGGAGGUGUGGUGCCCUGUGAUGGUUGAGAUUUCACUGUGCUGGAGAAAUGGACACCAAGCCGACUGCCAUGAAAUUCCAGGCUCCAGGAGAAACAUUACGGCGCAGCGCAUCACUGAAGAAGCCAAAGGUCUACAUUCUGUUCAGCAUUCCAUUUGUGUCCAGGUUAAAUAUAAGGAUAAAAUCUGGCACACAAACUGUACUGGAAAUGUCAGAGGUUCUCAGAGCUCCAUAGACAGGAACAAUUUCCUUAUUGUGGCUUCAGACAGCUCACACAUAGAGUCACCUCUCUGCAUUGCAUUCAGGAAUAUGUGUCUUGCUUUGAACAGCACCACACUCCAGGAGCUGCAUGGGGUUACGUCCUUUGAGAUGAAAAUACUGCAGGAAUUCAAGUCUGGAGAGUGUGAGCUGGUCUGGAGAGGGAACAGCAAAGAGGCUGCCUAUGUCUGCUCAUUGGAUAAAUAUAUGCGAAAGAGAUGGAACCUGGCCUGGAUUCUGUGCCUCACAUUCCUGUGCUGUGCCCUCUUUGUCAUGUUACUGAAAAGAGAAAGAGUAAAAAGGUGGCUGAAGAAAAUAGUGACUGACAAGCCUCUUGAUACUGUGUUCCAGAAGAGGAAGGUACUCAUCCUUUACUCGCCGGAUCACCCUGCCUAUGGAAGUCUGGUUCACACUCUGGCAACUUCCUUACAAGAGCUGAGUCUGACAGUUGUACUGGAUCAAUGGGACCGUGUCCGCAUGUGUCAGGUGGGUGCCAUUUCUUGGUUCCACCAGAAGAAAUCCCUUAUCUAUAAGGAAAACGGUAUCAUUAUUCUGCUGUUCUCUGAAGGAGGCAAACAGAUAUUACAUGAUUGGGGGAAUUCAAACACCCAGCAUGGAUUCAGCCAGGACCCCUAUGGAACAUUUGGCUCCAUAUUGAACUGUGUGUAUCCUGAUUUCCAAGAAGGGAUGGCCCCUGGACACUAUUUGGUGGCAAGCUUUGAUCUCCUGCCUAGCGAAGUGCCUCAGAUUUUCCAUUCGGUCCCUGUUUUAAGUUUGCCUUCACAGCUGAUGAAUUUGCUGAAGGAGCUGGCAGGGAAUAACAAAGAAAAACUUAGCAAAAAGCAGCUUCACCAGCUCUCUGGAAACCUCAGUAAGAACCUGCAGAGACCCAUAAGUGAAUGGCAACGAAAUAGCCAUUCGCCUUCCAUAUCAGAACUUUCUAGCAGUCAGAUGUCCGUGCCAUUUACUCCCAAUGGAUGUUUGUCAGUGGAAGUGCAUCCGCUUAUUUGAAUGGCUUCCGGGAUGUGGACAGGGACAAUCCCUGGGCUGUUCUAAAGGAAACAAGGCAUGGUGUAAGCCUGCCGACUUUGGGGUUUAAAAAGACACUUGGGGUGCCUUGGAAUACAUGUAUAUAGGUAAUAUGAAGGCGUAUUUCUUUAAAGAGGAAACUGACUCAGUUUAAAAGUACAAUUUAAUUUCCAUGGGGCAGAUUAACUAAAGGGCGAAGUGGCUGUGGCUAGAGAAAAUUCACCAGAAAUCUCAUCCGCAGGGACAUCGCCAAUUUACAAACAGGCGUAGACGACAAUUCGCUUGUGAAAGAGACCGUCACUAGCACACUUUCACACCCUAUUUUCAGGCGAAUUUUGGCUCAAGUGAACGAGCGUUACUCUGCAAAUCCACUAAAGUGUGAAUUUUACACAACAAUACCUCUUUCACCAGAGUUUCAGACCAGGCGAACUGAUAAGAUGAAGCUACAUCCUCCGCAAUCUUAUAUCAGUGACAUCAUAUCCUGUAUUCCGGAAACUCAUAAAAGUUGUAAAAGACGCUGGCGUUUUUUCAUAUUUCAAAGCAGGAUUGUCUUCAAAAGUCUUAACUUUUUUGUGAUAACAAUUUCUUUAACCAAUUUGCCACAUUUGUUUUAGGGUGGGCUCAAGUCUAAGGCAUUGGAGGAUCCCUUUUGUUUUUAUUUUGCUUCCUUGGACAUGUGUAAUAAUAAGUGGCCACUUCAAGCAUUUGCAUCAACAUCUAUAAUAAAGACAUAUAUACAGUAUGACCUAUAUGUUCCUUAACCUGUUUAAAUUGACCUAAGCAUAAGAGAACUAACGAAGUUUCACUAGGCAGAAUUGAACGUUAGCAAAUGAUCGUUAGCAAAAGAAAUGCUCAUGUUGGUGAAUUAACGCAAAACUUCGCCAGCGUUCAGCUGCUGAGACACAACUUUGCAUUUUAGUGAAUUAGCGUAGUGGUGACGA